AUGGACCGUACUCUUGGAGACGUCAUCGACCAACACCUCAUCCUCAGUUCCAUUUUGAACCUUCCGGCUGACCACGAGAUACGCAAGUGGCCGGUUGCGGACGUCGCUCUCGUCGACUGGCCAGUGAUGCAACAGCUUUUGAAUGAGGAACUGCCAGUCGACGACAAGCCGGCCACGAAGGCCAAGAGGCUCGUCGCCUUCAACCUGCUCCAACAUUUGCUCGAUCAAGCGACGAUUGGAGCUCCCCCCGUGGUGCCUCACCUGCGCGAAUCCGAUACCCCGACGCGCUUCAAAGGCGUCGUGAACGGAGUGCUCUCGCUCACAAACGGCGCUGUGCUGUCCGCGGCCGCUGUCGUUGACAGUUCCACUCAACCGUUUGCUUCCAUGGACCUGCUUCAGCAGUAUCUCGAGGACCGCCUUGGAAAUCUCGCUCGCUUGGAGAUUGUGACGCUUGAUCUCUCUGGCAACGACUUGCGGAACAGUGACAUGCCGUACAUUGUGACACUCGUCCAAGCACUCAAGUGUCCAGUCGUCAAGUUGCGCUCCAACCGCCUUGGGAUGGGCGUCCCAACCACGGAUAAUAAUUCCCCCGUCCACUACCUCGUCUCGCUCGCCGCAGAGAAAUACGUGCGUUUUCUUGACAUUGUUAACAACUAUGUCUCUGCAGUUGAUUGGGAUCCGGCGUAUCGGCAAUUCACAAGCAACAACGAGACGACCUGGCGCAAGCUGGUGUACCUUCCUUUGUCCUGGGUGUCCACGCACAAGUGGCAGUCGAGUAUCUGUGGUGAACACACCGACGCAGCAAUGGACUGUCACAACAAGUUCUACUGGGCCGGUCUGACCGAUCCUGUCUUUACGCGGUCCGAUCAGCUGCCAGAGCUCAAUUAA